AUGAAUCAACCCAAGUUUCAAGUUGUCAUUGUCGGCGGGUCGAUUGCAGGUUUAACUUUGGCACAUUGUUUACAACGGGCCAAUAUCGACCACAUUGUGCUCGAAAAGGGGCAAAAUAUUGCUCCGCAGUUAGGAGCGUCUGUCGCCAUCUUUCCCAACGGAGCGCGGGUCCUUCAGCAGCUCGGAAUCUAUGAAGAUGUAGAGCGGUUGAUUGAGCCUGUGGGACUUGUCCAUGCGACUUACCCCGAUGGCUUUUACUACAACACCAGCUAUCCCAAUGACUUAACAAAAAGAUUCGGUUACCCCAUCUCUUUUCUCUCUCGUCAAAAGCUCCUAGAGAUUCUGUACAAAACAUAUCCCGAUAGUUCCAGAAUACUUACCGGCAAAAGGGUCACAGAGAUCCGCCGUCUGAAGGAUGGCCCUUGCGUGCUAACAGACGACGGGUCAGUCUAUAGGGGAGACCUGAUUGUGGGCGCCGAUGGAGUCCACAGUCGAGUCCGCUCGGAGAUUUGGAAGCUAGCAGAGCAAGAGCCUGGACUGAUAACAGCAAAAGAGAAGUCAAGUAUGACAGCAGAGUUCGUAUGUGUUUUCGGCAUGUCAUCCCCAAUUCCUGGCCUUCACGCCGGGGAGCAAGUCAACGCCUUCUUUGACGGACUCACCAUUGCCACAAUCCACGGCAAGAACGGUCGAUUGUUCUGGUUCUUUGUCAAAAAGCUUGAUCGAAAGUAUCCCUACGCAGAUAUGGCCCGGCUUUCAAGAGACGAUGCAGCGGAAUUCUGCAGCCGGAUUGGGACCGUGCAUAUCCGGAACGGUGUUUGCGUUCGAGAUGUCUGGCAAAACCGAGAGGCCUUUUCAAUGACCUUUCUUGAAGAGGCCUUCUUUGAGACAUGGCAUUAUGAUCGAAUGGUGCUAAUCGGUGACAGUAUCCAUAAGAUGACAAUCAAUGCCGGACAAGGAGCAAAUAUGGCUAUUGAGGAUGCCGCAUGCCUAGCCUCCGUUCUCCAACAGCUCGUUCAUUCCACACCACCCGGCCCGCCGUCGGACAUUGACAUCGGGCGCACCCUUCAAAGGUACAAGGAGAAGCGGUAUCAUCGGGUGAAGAGAGUCUACAACGUAUCAUGGCAUGUUGUCCGAGUUCAUGGACGUGAUGGAUUUCUGAAUUCCCUCAUCGGUCGGUAUUAUAUCCCAUAUAUGAAAGAUGUGCUAGCGGAUAUGACUUCAAAAGUCCUGGCAGAUGCGGACGUGAUUGAAUUCCUCCCCGUACCGGAAAGAUCGGGGCCGGGAUGGGAAAAGUACAGUAUUCGGAGAGCUAGCUUGUCUGAUUUCCAGUGGUUUCUUGUGUUUGGGUUUCUGUUGGCACUUUUCUGGAUGCUCUAUGGCCUAGAGCGUACGCUGCUUCUCGGUCGACUGCUAGAUCCCCUGCAGAAGGGCGAGUAG